GGCCCCGGAAGUGGUCGGCCGCCGACAUGACCCCGGCGCCCCGGAUGGGGAAGGAGGCGGGUGGCCGCUCUCCCCCGGGCCGCGCACCCCUACGAGCUCGCGGGCAGGAACUUAGCUGUAUUGUUCUGCCUCAGAGAACAAACUCAUCUACUGUAGGCCUAGCCUGGGUUGCUACCUUUGAAAGCAAGGGAAGGUCGGUACAAUAUCAACCACAGCUCAGCAUGGAAUUUCCAGAGAGGUUUUAUUUCAAAACUUUAUAAAGAUCGAGAACCACAUGGACUUCUGCAAGGGAGAUUGAACUGGCCUGAGUUUGAGCGAAAGGAUAAUGUGUGCCCAGCCUGUAACUAACACCAAAGAGGCCAGGUGGCAGAAGGUCUUGUAUGAGCGACAGCCUUUUCCUGAUAACUACGUGGAUCAGAGCUUCCUGGAAGAGCUCCGGAAGAACGUCUAUGCCCGGAAAUACCAAUAUUGGGCUGUGGUAUUUGAGUCCAGUGUGGUGAUACAGCAGCUGUGCAGUGUCUGUGUUUUUGUGGUUAUCUGGUGGUAUAUGGAUGAGGGUCUUCUGGCUCCCCAUUGGCUUUUUGGGACCGGCCUGGCUUCUUCACUGAUUGGCUAUGUUUUGUUUGAUCUCAUUGAUGGAGGUGAAGGACGGAAGAAGAGUGGGCGGACCCGGUGGGCUGACUUGAAGAGUGCCCUAGUCUUCAUAACUUUCACGUAUGGCUUUUCACCGGUGCUGAAGACUCUGACAGAGUCCGUCAGCACUGACACCAUCUAUGCCAUGUCAGUCUUCAUGCUGUUAGGCCACCUCAUCUUCUUUGACUAUGGUGCCAAUGCUGCCAUUGUAUCCAGCACACUGUCCUUGAACAUGGCCAUCUUUGCUUCUGUCUGCCUUGCCUCACGCCUGCCCCGGUCCCUACAUGCCUUUGUCAUGGUGACAUUUGCCAUCCAAAUUUUUGCCCUAUGGCCCAUGUUACAGAAGAAACUGAAGGCAUGUACUCCCCGCAGCUAUGUGGGAGUCACAGUGCUUUUUGCAUUUUCAGCCUUGGGAGGCCUGCUGUCCAUUAGUGCUGUGGCAGCCAUACUCUUUGCCCUUCUGCUGGUUUCCAUCUCAUGUCUCUGCCCUUUCUACCUCAUUCGCCUGCAGCUUUUUAAAGAAAACAUUCAUGGGCCUUGGGAUGAGGCUGAAAUCAAAGAAGACUUGUCGAGGUUCCUCAGCUGAGUUAGGGACCUCCAUUCCGUAACUGAGACAAGCUGAUAGACCAGCCUUCCAACUAGUAGGAGAUUUGAAGGCAGAGUUCUAUUCUGGAAGUGGCAUAAUGAUGUGGGUGGGAGAUCAGAGAUCAAAAGAAAAAAAUUACCCAUAGACUUGGGCAGUGAAGGUGCUUAUCCUUUCUGUUACUUUGUCGAUGAAAAAGCUUCCUGGGGCCCUUUUGAAUUAUUGCCUCUCAUUAUUAUUCUCUGUAACAAAUGAAGUGAUGUGGUUUCUGUUUAUUAAAAAAAUAACAACACAUCCA